AUGUCAUGGGGUGGAAAGAGCAAAAAGCGUGACCGCAUACGCGUGAAGUUCGUACAGUGCAAACCGCAGAUCGUUCGGGACACAAUCAGGCUUGUUGGUUGGCGGGAAUGUGAUGCAGGCGAUGACAACUGGGACGUGGCUUGGGGAGACACGACUGCGGCUUUGUUCCGGGGAGUGCAGCAGUUGAAGCCUUUCCAACGAGUGAAUCACUUUCCGUUGAUGCAGAUUAUUUGCCGAAAGGAUCUUCUAGCGCAACAUUUGCAGACCAUUCGGCAGCUUUGCCCUCAUGGAACUGAGGAGUUUAGCUUCUUUCCAGAGACAUGGGUUCUACCAGGUGAUGUGCAGCGCUUUUGGGGCUUCGUGCGGCAUAGCUUUGAACGACGAUCAAAGGAGGACAGGUUGCACAGCCGUGAUCGCUCGAAGUCCAGAGGUCGACGGUCGCUCCGAGGCACUUCAGCAGACACUUCAGAAGACGAAGAGGAGGACAGUGUAUUGACCUUCAUUGCAAAGCCACGGGCUGCUGCUCGGGGCAACGGCAUUUUCCUUUUUCAAGUCCGGGCGUCAGAUGUCAGAGCGCCGCGCAACCGACUCAAGGAAGUUUUGGACUCGGAGAAGUUGGUGGUGCAAAGCUUCUUGAGCAAACCUUUGCUGAUCGAUGGCUACAAGUGGGACAUGAGGGUGUACGUGCUGGUGACUGACGUCCAUCCCCUGACGGUCUAUCUCUACACUGAUGGCCUGGCCCGAUUCUGCACGGAUCUCUAUGAAGCGCCAGAUGAAGACAACCUGGACAUGCGGGAGAUGCACCUCACCAACUUCUCGAUCAACUGGGAAAGUGAGGCUUUCGAAGACACUGAGGAUGGAGCCACUGGCAGCAAGCGAUCCUUACGGACGGUCUUGGAAUCUGUCGAGGGUGGCGACAACAUUUGGCUUGAGAUUGCUGAAUGUGUCAAGAAGACCCUGCUGGCCAUUGGCCCAAAGAUGCAGGAUAAUUAUGAUCGGUACUUUGGCCGCUCACGUGAUGGUGGUGGAAGUGCUUGUUUUGAGCUGCUGGGCUUUGAUUUCAUCUUGGACGAGGAGCAAAGGCUCUUCCUCUUAGAGGUGAAUUCGGCGCCGUCAUUGUCCACUCCAACGAAUUUGGAUGAGGAGAUCAAGGAAAGCGUUCUGACGGUUUUCCGUUCUUGGUUGCUGCCAUAUGCCAUAUCUUGUGGUCAGGGCUUCCGCCUCUUGGGCCUGGAUGGAUCCGAGAAGGCAGUCUUACUAUGCCAAGCAUCUGGAGAGACAGCAGCAGCGCUUGGCAGACCGCCGAAACGAACACUUGGCAAGACGGUAGGAGCUGACGAGGCAGAAAGAGGAUCACUUGAGGCGAUUUGUUUGGAGACUUUGGCCCGAGCUCUUUGGAGAGGCGACGACGUGGACCUACAGCGCCUUCCUGAGCUCAUCGCCGUGCAACUUCUGAGGUUCGUCCUGGCCGUGGACGACGGAAGGCUGGGACGGGCCCUGGCCGUUUGGUCGCGGAGACGGCCUCCGUUUCACCUGCGAAUCGCAGGGCCAGAGAUGUGCCGCAGCCUGUCCUUUCUUCCGAACCAGGCCCUGAUUGAAGUGUUUCUGAGCCAUAUGCCUGAAUUGACUGACUCUCAGUUGUCACGUUUACUUCUCAAAUCCUGUCAGAAUAUGGUGUUCCUGCGGAACUUUCGCGCAGCUCAGACUCUCAGUGCCCUCAGUGAGGUGACAGCUCCAGUCUUGGAAGCAAACAAACUGCUGCCAGCGCUUCAGAGUGGAGAAGCUUGGUCCGAAGAAGCCAUCCGCCAUGCUGUGGCCGUCCUCCAUUUGACAACUGUGGAUGUGAACAAGGAGCAGGUGAAGAGCAUCCCUGGCUUUGUGAGUUUCUUGGAGGACUCCGAGGAUGAAACAGAGACGGAGAGCGAGCAGAGCGAGGAGGGCUGGACAGACGAGGAUGAUGAGCAAGAGGAAGAUGAGGAAGUUUGCGAGGAAUUCAGCUUCCUGGGCACUCCAGUGAGCAUCAUGGCCGCAAAUUCUCUUAGACUCUUGGGUCGUCUUGGGUCGUCCGGCAAUGUCGAACUGGUUUCAGAGUGUGGCCGCCGGGCCCAGCAAGGAGAUCCAGGCAGGAGCCGCCAAACUAGCACAAGGCUGGACGGCAGCGCGGCCUCAGAGCCAACCGCCUCGGACAAGUCUGUCCACACCGGCAGGCGACACGUGGGUCCCACCGUGGGUCCCACCGUGGGUCCCAGCGACAACGGAAUGGAAGACAUUGGAA